UCCUGACACGAGUAAAUAACUGUCAGUGUUGUAAGUGGGUCAGUUCUCAAGAUUCCGGGACGUCGGAAAAAGAUGAGCGUAAUGCCUUUGAUUGAUCGAUAAAGAAGUAAAACGUGAUCUCGACCGGUUAGGUCAAAUUGUGAGAUGGACUUAGAAAUAGCCUUUCGUUGAUGUCAUCACCAUUUAUAGCUUUUUAUUGCAGCAUAUUCAGUAGGAGAGCGCUCCUAUUUUUUAUAAUUACUGUAAAUAUUAGUUACUAACUUACAAUGGUAUUUGAAAGUGUACUAACUCAGGUUUUAAACCGCUUUCUCGGUGCCUAUGUAGAAAAUUUAGAUACAAACCAACUACGAGUAGGAAUUUGGGGAGGGGACGUGGAACUCAAGGACUUGGUUUUGAAGCAAUCGGCCUUGGACGAUUUAGAUUUGCCGCUGCAGACCGUCUAUGGAAGGAUAGGCAAACUUGUGCUGAAAAUACCAUGGAAGAACUUAUAUGGUUCCGCUUUUGUUAUAAACGUCGAAGAUAUUUAUUUAUUAGCUGCGCCAAACCAACAAGUGAAGUACGAUGCACUGAAAGAAAGUCUCAAAGAACUCGACGCGAAAAAAAAGGACAUCCUCAAAGUGGAGUUGGCUAAGAAACAAGAAGCCGACAAGGACAAACCCAAAGCCGACUACACCUUCGUUGAAAAAUUGAUCACACAGAUCAUAAAAAACAUCCAAUUAAACAUAACAAACAUCCACAUUCGGUAUGAAGACAAAGUUACGAGCCCCACGCCCUUUGCCCUAGGCAUUACAUUGAGUGACCUACAUGUUGUAAGCACAGAUGAGCACUGGAAGCCGGCCAUCACUAAAGAAGACAUUACAAAAAUUUUCAAAAUUGUAACUUUAGAUGGAUUGGCGGUUUAUUGGAAUUGCAAUUCCGCUUGCUAUGAUCAUAUUCCCAAGGUUGAUUUGCUUCACAAAAUGAGGACGGAAAUUGCCUCCAAGGGCAAGAAGCCCGAAAAUUACAAAUAUGUUGUGGGACCAAUCAACGCCUCGGCUCGCAUCCGCAUCAACCAGAAACCCGAACUCGACACACCAGCGUUCAGCAUCCCAAAAAUCCACUUGAAUCUAGACAUGGAGAGACUUUUCGUCGGCAUUAGCAAAGCACAGUAUAGGGAUAUCAUAGCCCUUGCGGAGUCUAUGGAUAGAAUGUCAAAAGGCAUACCCUACAGGCAACAUCGACCAGACUUGCAAUCUUACAAAGGCCACUAUAAAGAGUGGUGGCACUUCGCCUACAAGUGUGUCCUCGAAGGAGAAGUGAACAGACGUAGACGAAACUGGGAUUGGAACCACAUUAUUGCUCACCGAAAUUUGCUAAGAGACUAUCGAAAUUUGUACGAGAAGAAGUUGCAGAAUAAGGCGACAAGUGACGAGGUGCAGAAGAUCGAAGAGUGCGAGAGAGCGAUAGAUACUUUUAACAUUGUUAUAAUACGGCAGAAGGUGGAGUUUGAGGCAGAAAGGGAAAUGAAGAAGAAGAAGGAGACGGAUAAAGGGUGGUUCGGGUGGAUGUGGGGUGGGGGUAAGGCCGAUUCAAUGGGGUCACCGUCGUCGGACAGCGGUUUGGAGAUUAAGAAACAGUUCCAAGAGGCUAUGAGCAAAGACGAAAAAGAACGCUUGUACAAAGCCAUCGGCUACCAAGAGCACGCUUUGCCGUCUGAAUUCCCCGAAGCUUAUGUGGACAAUUCUUGUACUUUCCUUCUGCGGACUCUGGAGGUCGAAUUACAGGACGAACACGAAACCACGAAUAGAGUGAUCUUCACCGAACUGAAGGGUGUGAGGUGUCGUGUGGACACGCGGUCUGCAGCUGAGGCUCUGAAAGUCCACGUCAAAAUCGAUGAGUUUACGACCUUCGGUUGGCAACAGGCCGACUAUAUACCGAGGAUGAUCAUUUCGGAAACGGGAGCAGGAGAUAGUGGGUUGUUGGAAGUCACCUUCGAAACUAACCCGUUGGAUAAAACGUGCGGGCAGAGGUUGUACCUGACGUCUCAGCCACUGAAAGUCGUUUACGACGCACAGACCAUCAUCAAAACUAUUGACAUUUUUAAAGUUCCUCAGUCGGCGGCUAUAGACCAACUGUCAGCCGCCGCUGGAGACGGCCUCUCCAACAUCAAAGACAUGUCCUCCAGCGGCCUCCAACACGCCAUCGACACCCACGUCCACCUCGACCUAAAAAUCGACCUCCGCGCCCCCUACAUCAUCAUCCCCUACGGCGGCAAGUACACCGAACACGAGAACGUCCUCAUCGUCAACUUGGGUCACUUCAAAAUGCACUCCCUCAGUCGCCCUCCCAUGAAGGACCUGCGCCAAAUGCACUCCCAAGGUUACCCGGACAAAGAAAUCCGCCAACAACUCAUAGCCCAGAGCUACGACCAGUUCGUCCUCGAUCUCACCCGCAUCCAGAUCCUCAUGGCCCAAAGCGACGAAGACUGGAAGGGCCUCCUCGAGGAGAAGAAAAUCAGCAACAUGCACGUCCUCGAACCCAUCAACUUGAAAGUGACGUUGGCCAAAUGCAUGAUCAGCGACGACCCGAAAUUACCGCUGAUGAAGAUCUCAGGGGAGCUGCCGUCGGUGGUGGUGAACGUCUCCGACGCGCGGUUGCUGCUGUUGAUGGCGCUGGGCAACAGCAUACCUCUGCCGCAGAGCGACGUCCCCGAGCCGGUGCCUCUGAGCAGGUCGUCGAAGCGGGAGUCGAGCAUGAUGUUGAGGUACCUGGAGAUGCAGGAGAAAGCGGCGAAAACGAAGGAGUUGUUGCCGCGGGGUAGUAAGAAGGACAGCGAUCAAUUCGUGCAGUUCACGACGGUGCAGAUGAAUUUCGUCAUGACGGAAUUAUCAUUGAACGUCACUCACCAAACGACCACUCACGAGGCGCCCGCGCCCGUGGUUUCGUUCCAAGCGAGAAAACUCGAAUUCGGCUUAGUCCAGCAAACCUACAACACUAAAAUCACCUUGGGCUUGGCCGGCAUAAAUCUAGUACAAAGACACGCAAACAACGAUAUCAAAAUGAUCUGGUCCCCCGGAUUCCACGGUGGCGAAGAGUACCUCAUCAAGGUCCGCUUCACCCAAGUCAAUAAAACCUCGCCGGAGUUCCAUUCCACCUACAAGUCGUGCGAAGUCGGUCUCGUCUUGGAGUUCGCGAAGUUGAACAUCAUCCUGCACAAGGAAGGUUUGUUGUCGUUGAUACAGUACGCCACGGGUCUGCAGGACGACGUCAACGAAAUUUGGGGCGACAAGGCGGCUGAUAGGAUAGCUUCAGCACGCGGCACCCCGGCAUUUACGAGCCAACUGUCCACUAUAAGUGAGGGAAUCGGGAUUACCGCUCCGCAGAAACCGAAGAAGAAAACUGAUCACCAGAUCGUCGUCGAGACGAUCAAGUUUAAGUUGUCGUCGAGUUUGAAAGAGUUGACGGUGGAGUUCCAGACGGACCUGGAGCAAUUGUCGAGGUGGUCGUUGAUUGGUGUCAACGCCGAUGUCAUCAUAAAGACUUCGUACACGCAGAUCAACGCGCAUUUGAAUCAGAUCGUUAUUACUGAUUUGAAUCCAGAUAUUGUGCACCAGCAGAUAUUGACGGUGGUAGGUGACGAAGCUCUGUCGGGGCGAAUCGUCUUGUAUAAUAUCGACAAGGAGGUCGAAAGUGAAAAGCCGGAUAUUUCUGUGGAUCUUACAAUGGGUGGGUUGAGGAUAGUUUUCCUCAACUGGUACGUCACGAGGAUGCUGAACUUCCUCAACCAAUUCCAGGCCGCGCAGGCCGCCAUCGUCGACGCCUCCCAAGCCGCCGCCAAAUCCGCCAAAGAAAACAUGCAAAACGCGUACGCCAAAGCAACAAAGUUAGCCCUCAGCAUCGACCUGAAAGCCCCCGACAUCAUAGUACCAGCCAACUCCAAAAGCUAUGACGCCGUUUUACUCGACUUGGGUCACAUUUCCAUCUCCAACCAGUUCAUAACCCUCGACAUCAAGAAUGAGCAGAACUUCUCCGCCGUCAUCGACGAGAUGAAGCUGAGCCUCACUGAUAUGAAAAUAUCGCGCGUUCUAUUGAACGAGAAAAACGAGGUUGUCAACGAGUUGACCAUGCUCAUACCGUUGACCUUCAAAAUGACGAUCAAGAGGAACCUCUCGACUUCGUGGUACAAAGCCGUGCCGGAUAUAGAUAUCAACGGGAAGAUUUUUUCGAUAACGUUGUUGCUGAGUCAGGCGGAUUAUAAGACUAUAAUGAGUAUUCUAAGCGGGAAUUUGGCGGAAGGCCAGAAGGAAGAAGAGGUGGUUGUUACGCCUUCGAUCGGUGGCAGCAUCAAGGAGUCGGUGGAUGUACAGAGUCUUGAUCCAACCGCCUCUCUGUUUGGAGCACAAAAAUCAACGGAUGUCGAAGCGGAGAAGGAAGAUAAGACGACGACGUUUCUCAGGUGCAACUUCACUAUGGAUAAUUUGGUCAUCACUUUGUUCAAAGGGGGGCCGGAGAUGCUUUCCAGCCAAGACUCCGGCCACAACGAGCGCGACAGCUUGGCUCGUUUCUCGCUAGAGGGCAUUUCGGUGAAGGUCCGCAUGUUGAGCGACGGCUCCCUCAUAGCCUCGUUCCUCCUCUUAAACUGCCUCCUAGACGACAUGCGUCAAGGCCGCGAGGGUAAACUAAAGCGACUGAUUCAGAGAUCGCACAGUCUGGAACCGAUGCGAGCAGUAAGCGUGUCAUCAGUAGACGACCCAGUGGGCGUCAAAAGCAUGAUCGACGUCGUCGUACAAAUGAAAAGCAACCAAAUUUUCACCGACGUGAGGGUGUACAGUUUCACUUUGAUCCUCUCGGUGGACUACCUCCUUAAAAUCGCCGACUUCUGGAAGAUAUCCGAAGAGGAUCGUGUAGAACCGGUCAAGCCGACGAAGGGGACUGCCACUCCGGCCACGGCCAAGAGUUCGGUUACUGCGGCGGUGGUCGAGAAGGAGACGCAGAUUACGUUGAAUUUGAAGGUGGAGAAGCCGGAUAUUGUGCUCGUGGAGCACAUGGACAGCAAUGACACGCAGGCGCUGGUCUUAAACAGCGAAAUCUUGUUGAAAGUGCGACUUGCAGGCCCGCACCAAGUCAUCAACGGCUCUAUUAAGGACGUCCAGUUAUAUACGUGUAACUACGACAAAAUCAAGUAUGUUGAAGCCAGAAACCAUGUGCUGUACCCCGUCACACUAAGCGUAGCGGGGUCCACCCCCGAAGACAAAGGCCUCCACUUGGAGCUUCUAGUAACCGAUAUUCGUCUAAGCGUCUCCCCUGCCAUCAUAGAAUUACUAAGCAGAGUACUAAAAACGGCCACCGGUGGCGGUAGCGCGGCAGUCGCAGACGAAACUGAAGAUAAGGAUUACUCAGACGUUUGGAACUGCAGCGACCUGAAAGAGCAAGACUACUGGUUUUUCAGAACAGACGAAGCAACCGAAGCCACCGAAAGCGUAAAAACCAUGGAAACCACCUCUCGGAAGAACUACCAAGAGAUGUGCAUCCUCUCUAUACCGUCCAUCGUCGUGACCAUGGAAGCCGGCGUUGGCACCAAGACCCUCCCCAUGCUUAUCAUCGAGAGCAGCCUCCGCGGCAACGUUUGCAACUGGAGCUCCCAACUGAGCGUCGAAGCCGGCUUGACCCUCCAAAUGAACUACUACAACAGCAGACUGGCGCUGUGGGAGCCCUUAAUCGAACCGGUGGAAAUCGUCAGCCAAGGACAGAGCAAGUGGGUGCCGUGGGAGCUUAAGCUGGAGGUGUCGAUGAACGACCGCGAAGACGUCGCUUCACCGACGAGCGAAAGCGAGAGUUUUGACCCGAUCCAACAGCAAGCUUUAAUGUGCGUUGAUAUUUCGUCCGACCACAGCAUGGAACUAGUGGUAACGAAGACGUGCAUUGAGGUUUUGAGUAACUUGGGGAAGGCGUUCUCCUCGGCGAUGACGCCCAGUACGCAAGUGACCUCGCUCGAAGUCCUGGCUCCGUAUAAGGUUGUCAACGAGUUGGGAUGCUUGGUGAAGGUGGAUCUGGCGCUGGGGACGUUCUCGCUGUUCAAGGAUGAUAGUGCGUCAGAGGUUAUUCUGGAAAGUGGAGCAGAAGUGGAGCUCCAAAGGAAAGUCGAACUGCGUAGUUCGCCGACGCUGGGGAUGCUUAUGUCUAGGGAAGGGGUAGAUCUGAAGAAGUAUGUCAUCAAUGUUCGGGUUGAGGACAAAAACUGCCUUUUGGAACUCCCGGCGGUCAGAGCAGACAAGCGAUACUUCCCUUUGAACUACCGCGGCGAGGGCCACGACCAUUGGGGUGUCAUUUCUGACGUAAAAGUAGACGAAGGGGUGACCACGGUCACCAUACGGAGCAUCCUUCAAGUAUACAACCACUUCACCAUCCCCAUAGAGGUAUACUACAUGACAGCUCGGGGCAACGAGCUCGAAUCGAUAACCACGGUCGUACCCGAUUCAUACGUGAACAUUCCACUCACCGCGGUUUACACAGCCACAAACGAGUUGUUCUUUUCGGUCGCUGGAUAUUCGGUGACCACCACUCCCUACAUUUGGAAAGAUCUCCAAACGAAUCUCACGUAUACUAGGACGUUGCAAUGUUCACCGAAAAAUUUUGAACUAGGAAGCGAGCCUUUCAAUAUUCAAGCUGUAGGGGAGAUGGAGCAAGUGUACUUCGAGCAUUCGUGCAGGCACACGAUGGCUAGUACUUGCUACAACAUACAUCUGCGGCCUGCGAUCAAGUUUAAGAAUUGUCUGCCGGUGGAUAUUGUGUGUUGUGUGGAAAAUAUGGUGGCUGAGGUGACACUGGAGCCUGGAAAAGUCUUAAUGUUGCCCAACGCAGAACCCGGGAAGUCCGCGCUUGUGGUUCGGCUACCGACGUACUUGGAAAAGGAGUGGUCCACCCGACAAGACCUCCCCAAAGACAUCAGCGAAUUCUCCGUGUGGAAUUUCAACAGCUACGACAGCGUCAGCCAGAUGACGCUCUCUUUAGGUCUGCACAUGAUGAACGAGAAGGGUUCGAUCGUCAUGACCCUGUACUGCCCUUUCUGGAUGUUGAACAAAACCGGCCUAACUCUCAGCUAUAGGAGCUCUGAAGAAAACGUGAACGUUUUACACCAUCCGGCCAAUUUCAAAGGACCGGUUCUCUUCUCCUUCAACGCGAAGAAUUUCUUCGGGAAGAAGAAGGCGGCCGUCAAGAUCGAACAGGGAGAUUGGUCCGAUAAGUUUUCUCUGGACGUGGCAGGGUCGUCGGGGGUCGUGGCGUGCAAGUACAACAACAUGCUGUUUCAAAUAGGUGUGCAGAAUCAGCUGACGUACAACGGGCUGACCAAACAAGUCACUUUCACGCCGUAUUACGUCAUAAUCAACAACGCGCCGUUCGCUAUUGAGUGUCAGGAGAGCGACAGACCUGCGGACCCGUGGGUGUGCGUGGAACCCGACUCGUGCGCCGCCUGGUGGCCGAAAAGCGACCAAGACGACAAGCUGCUGAAGGUGAGAGUGCAAGGAACGGAGGAGAUUUCCGCGUCGUUCUUGUACACGGACAGUCACACGACGUUGCUGAAACUCAAGAAUAAGUACGGCGGCAUCAACGUGGACAUUCAGAUCUCUGAAGGUGCAAUUUACAUAAACCUCGCGCCCUACGAUAGCGGGUCAGCGCCCGCCCUCAUCAUCAAUCACACCCCAGACGUCAUGAACUUCUGGGAAAAAGAGUCCGUCCAAAUACGGAAGCUUCCAGCCAAACAGUGCAUGUUGUACACCUGGGAGAACCCGUCUGGUCCCCGCAUCAUAGUUUGGGAAGGCGCGAAUCGCAAAGAGCACAAUAACGACUUGCGCAAAGACGACAUUGGUGAAUACGCCAUCCGAGAAAACUAUAACAUCUACUGGGUGUCGUUCCUUGACGGGAUGCAACGCACUUUGCUGUUCACCCAAGACCAGACGGUAGCGCAGAACGCGAAAGCGGCAAACCUGUUCGAGGUGUUCGAGCAGGAGACCACCGUGUCGAUAUACGGAGUGGGGUUGUCGUUGGUGAACAACGACAGCAGACAAGAGAUCAUGUACAUGGCCAUGGCGAGCUCGGGCAUCAUUUGGGAGCAGUGCAAGAUGAGCGGGCAGAGGUUCAAACACUUCAAUCCUAAAGAGAGCGUAGUGCUGGAGGCGGCGUACCAAAGAUAUUUGCUCGACAGCGAAGAAGGAAGUCUAUCGUCAAAAGUGGCCAUAGAUGCCAAAACCGAGGUCGACUUUCGCACUAACGUCAUGACGAAACCUAACAAGCGAAGAAUUCGGAGGACGUUCGAAACCGGGCUGUGGGUCCAAAUGAGGACCAGCCCGAGCCAGUUGCAAAUCCACGCCAAAGUCAACCGCCUCCAAAUCGACAACCAAAUGUACGAUUGUAUUUUCCCGGUGGUUCUAGCCCCCGUGCCUCUCCCCAAGAGCGUCGCGAUCGACAGCGGCAUGAAACCUUUCGCAGAACUAAGUAUAGUGCAACUCCUCGUGAGAAACAGCUACGUCAAACAGUUCAAAUACUUCAAACUCCUCAUACAAGAGUUCCACGUGAAAGUGGACCUAGGUUUCGUGAAUGCGCUCGUCGGGUUGCUACAACCGGCCGAGUACACCGAAGCAGAAGAGCAACAGUAUUUCCUCAAAGAUAUCAAUUUAGUCGAUGAACCCCUCUACGCACACGUGUCGAGCCAGUCCCUACAAGAACAGAAGAGUUUCUACGACUUGCUUCAUUUCUCCCCGUUGAAGAUCCAUCUGAGUUUCUCCAUGGCGGCGGGAGGCUCGGCGGGACAAACCACCUCCACGCCGAACUUCUUGAACGUGUUGCUGCAAGGCCUAGGUGUCACACUCACCGAUUUACAAGAUGUAGUCUUCCGAUUGGCCUACUUCGAGCGUGAGUACACGUUCUUGACUCAGAAGCAACUAGUAAACGAAGCGACGCGUCACUACGUGGGGCAGACCGUCAAGCAACUGUACGUGCUAGUGUUGGGUCUGGACGUAUUGGGUAACCCGUAUGGACUGGUCAGGGGGAUCACCCAAGGUGUCGAAGAUCUGUUCUACGAACCCUUCCAGGGCGCCAUCCAAGGUCCAGGUGAGUUCGCCGAAGGGCUGGUCCUAGGCGUGCGAAGUCUCUUCGGACACACGGUAGGUGGUGCCGCGGGAGCCGUGUCCCGGAUUACCGGAGCCAUGGGUAAAGGUAUAGCCGCGUUGACGUUCGAUAAGGACUACCAGAGGAAGAGAAGGGAUCAGAUUAAUAAGAAGCCGGCGACGGUCCAGGAAGGGAUUGCGCGCAGCGGCAAAGGCUUAGUCAUGGGAGUCGUCGAUGGCGUGACCGGUGUAUUCACUAAACCCAUCAGUGGCGCCAAAGAAGAAGGCGUAGGUGGGUUUUUCAAAGGUUUGGGAAAAGGAGCGGUGGGAUUGGUCGCUCGACCGACUGCAGGAGUGAUAGAUUUCGCCAGUGGGUCCCUAGAUGCCGUCAAAAGGGUAGCGGAGCUGGGUGAGGACGCUAAUCGUCUGCGACCGACGAGGUUCAUCCAAGGCGACGGUCUCGUGAGACCGUACAACAAGCUCGAAGCUCAGGGUUACAAGUUACUUACGGAAUUAGAGAAAGGGAAGUAUGCGUCGACGGAUGUUUACCAUUCCCAUUUCCCGAUUGUUGAGAAUAGGGAGGUUUUAUUGUUGACGGAUAAACGCUUAGCUUAUAUCAGUCACAAUGAUAUCUUCGGGGGAUGGCAAGUGGAAUGGUCGUACACGUGGCCUGAGCUGAAACACCCGCCGUCGGUGGUACCCAAAGGUGUAGCUAUUACUUUCUCCGACAAGAAGAGGAAAUUGAGUUUAUUGAGCUCUAGCGACUCCGGGAAAAUCAUUUUAGUGGCUGAUCCGGCCAAGAAAGAGGACAUCUGCGCAAAAAUCGAAUCGUUAAGAGGAAACGCUUGAAUUCAACUCGUUAAUAAUGUUUGCUUAUUUAUAGGUUCACUGAAAACUAGUCAUUAUGGACUGCCUGCUUUACGUACAUCUUUUUUACUGAUCCUUCGGCACUUAAUUUUACAUUUUAUGAGUUUGCUUGUACGCAGACUUUUUAUUUUCGAAUAUGCUUACUUUGUUAACGCUUUUGCAUUGGUGAGAUGUGAACUGAAAUAUAUUGUUUUUAACAUG